AUGAAUGUUUCUCUAAAAGACAUAAUUCCAAACAAAAACCCUUCAUAAUUCAACCUUAACAAAAUUCGCUUUAAAAUCUCCAAAAAAGUGGAAUCCUAAUGUUAAUGUAAUCAAAGAAACUGUCUAAUUUGUGCUCGUAAACGUUCUUCUUCGAUGUUAAGCAUGAAAAACUCUAUUGUAGUUGAUGAGAACUCACCUGUGUCUAAACGUACUGUAGAAUAACCAAAACCAAUCUAGCCAUUCAAUCGAUCUAUCUCUAGACAAUAAUCAAAUCAUAUGGGAAGAGCCUCUGUUAAUAUCUCAAAUACAACAACUACAACAAUCAAUUAUGGUAGAACUAGAAAAACAUCAAUGGAGUCAUCACCUCCAAAAGACAAUAGUAUGAUAUUUAAUUAUUAUUAAUUUAGUUAUUGGCAGACACUCCUUUAAAUACUUAUAUGUAAUUGGUAAGGGAGGUUUUGGAAAAGUAUGGAGAGUAGAAAUGAAGGCUAAUAAAUAGGAGUAUGCAUUAAAAGAAAUGAUUAAAGCAAAGUAAACCAAGAAUACAUUAACUAAAGGAUCAUAUCUAAACGAUCUGUUAAUUCAGUUAUGAAUGAGAAAUACCUUCUUGAGCAUCUCAAACAUCCUUUCCUUGUUAAUAUGCAUUACGCAUAUCAAGAUAGAGAAAAUCUUUACUUAGUUCUUGAUCUACUCAGAGGAGGAGAUCUUCGUUAUCACAUAGGUAGAUAAAAGAGAUUUACCGAAGAAUAAACAAGUAAUUAUAUAAACAUUUAUAUAAUCAGAAUUUUUUGUAUGCUGUAUCUUAUUAUCAUUGUAAUAUUUGCAUUAAAAUGGUAUCAUUCAUAGAGAUAUCAAACCUGAGAAUUUAGUGUUUGAUAAAGAUGGUUAUUUAAGAUUAACUGAUCUUGGAGUUGCACGAUUAAAUAAAGAUUCUUAAGCUAGUGAUACAUCAGGAACUCCUGGUUAUAUGGCUCCUGAAGUUAUGUGUAGAAUGGAUCAUUCAUUUCCAGUAGAUUAUUAUGCUGUAGGAGUCAUAGCAUUCGAAUUACUCCUUGGAAAACGUCCAUAUAAUGGUAGAAAUAGAUAAGAAAUUAGAGAAUAGAUAUUAGCUAAAUAAGUUUAAAUGAGAGAUGAUAAAUUUUCACCUAAAGUCUAAGAUUUUAUAAAUAGAGUAAGAGUUACAAAUAAUUUUAGUUAUUGAUACGUAAACCUUAAUAAAGAUUAGGUUUUUAGGGAAUACAUGAAUUAUUUGAGCAUCCUUGGCUUAGUAAUUAUAAUUGGGCUAAAUUAUUAAACAAAGAGAUAAAAGCACAAUAUAUACCAGGAGUAUAUAUAUAAUGAUGAUUUAGAGCAUAGAUGGCAAUUUUGAUUAUUAAAGCCAAAUCUCUGCUGAUUCUGAACCUUAAGAAGAAGCCUCUACUUUAUUAAGAAGAAAGAGUGUAUAAUGUUUAUUUGAAGGAUAUAAAUAUUUUUGA